AUGGACGAGAUUUCACCAGCAGUUGCACUGACUUUGAGCUUGGCCAACACCAUGUGUGACUCAGGAAUCUCGUCGACUUUAGAUAUCACCGAGAUGAAGAACGUUGCUGAUGCAGUUGACAUGUUGUCCCAUCAGAAAGAUCAAAGUUACAGUAAUGGAGAGGUUGAACAUAUGAUGGAAGAAGAUGUUUCAGAAGACAAAACACUAACUGAAGCUAGAUCCUUGUCUUCUGAUAUUGGCGUAGCUGUCCAAGAAUCAGAAGAAGACGAGGUACUAGUAUCUGAUGAUGCGACUAUUAUAAGCGAGGGUUUAAUAGUUGUGAACGCUAGGUCUGAAGUAACUUUGCCAGAUACAGAUAACGGGAGGGUUCUUGCUACUGCGAUUAUCAUAAACGAGACAACCAUAGAUCAGGUUCCCACAGCUGAAGUCCUUAUAACGAGUCUGAAUCACGAUGUGAGUAUGGAGGUAGCAGCUUCAGAGGUAGUCAUUAGGUUGCCUGAAGAAACUCAUCAUAACGUUGCAAGAGGAAGCAGGAGUGUAUAUGAACUUGAAUGUAUACCUCUUUGGGGCACUGUUUCAAUCUGCGGUGGAAGAUCUGAAAUGGAAGAUGCUGUCACUGCUUUGCCUCAUUGUCUGAAAAUACCCAUUAAAAUGCUUAUGGGGGAUCAUGAAGGGAUGAGUCCAAGUCUCACACACCUCACUAGUCACUUCUUUGGUGUAUAUGAUGGCCAUGGAGGCUCUCAGGUUGCUGACUAUUGUCAAGAUAGAAUCCAUUUUGCUUUGGCUGAAGAAAUCGAACGGAUUAAACAAGAGUUGUGCGAGAGGAACACUGGCGAGGGUAGGCAGGUCCAGUGGGAGAAAGUCUUUGUCGAUUGCUAUCUGAAAGUUGAUAAUGAAGUUAAAGGGAAAAUCAGCAGACCUGUUGUUGGUUCUUCUUCUGAUGAGAUGGUUCUCGAGGCUGUUUCCCCUGAAACCGUGGGAUCAACUGCUGUGGUUGCUCUGGUCUGCUCAUCACAUAUAAUAGUCUCAAACUGUGGUGAUUCAAGAGCGGUCCUGCUCCGUGGCAAAGACUCCAUGCCUUUAUCAGUUGAUCACAAACCAGAUAGAGAGGAUGAGUAUGCAAGAAUAGAGAGAGCUGGAGGAAAAGUUAUACAAUGGCAAGGUGCACGUGUUUCCGGCGUUCUCGCCAUGUCAAGAUCCAUCGGAGAUGAAUAUCUGGAGCCGUAUGUGAUACCAGAUCCUGAAGUAACGUUUAUGCCACGAGCAAGAGAAGACGAGUGUCUUAUCUUAGCCAGUGAUGGACUUUGGGACGUGAUAAGUAACCAAGAUGCUUGCGAGUUUGCAAGGAAACGGAUCUUAUGGUGGCACAAGAAGAAUGGAGCAUUGCCUUUAGCUGAGAGAGGUGUAGGGGAAGACCAAGCUUGCCAAGCCGCAUCUGAUUAUCUCUCCAAACUCGCUAUUCAGAAGGGAAGCAAAGACAAUAUCUCUAUCAUAGUGGUCGACCUGAAAGCUCAGAGAAAGUUCAAGACCAGAUCUUGA